AUGGCGAUUGAAAUGGCGACCACGCCAAAAACCGAAACAGCGGCCGCCGGCACGGAGACGGAGAUAACCAAAUCGGACGACCGCGAUGGGGACCAGACUAAGCCGAAAAUCUACCCAAUGGGGUGGAGGCUUCAUGCCCUGACGGCCGGGUUAGAAGCGCCGGGCCUUGGGCGGGUUGCACAGACUAACACCGAGGUGCUGCCUUUGCCAGGUUUCCUCGUGAUCUAUGCCAAGCUCAGCGACAUCUUUGGCACCAAGCUGUUGGUACUGUGUGCGAUCACACUGUUCACCGUGUUCUCACUAGCGUGCGGUGCCUCCAGUACCAUGUUGCAGCUGAUUGUCUUCCGCGCCAUCCAAGGCAUGGGCGGAUCUGGGAUCUACUCCCUUGCCACCGUCAUGACACCACUCAUGGUCCCGCCGGCAAAGUAUCCAACAUACAUCGCCAUCAUGUCAUCCGUGUUUGCCAUCUCUAGCGUACUGGGUCCCCUGCUCGGCGGCGUUAUCUCCGACCACGACGCUUGGAGAUGGGUUUUCUGGCUCAAUGGCCCUGGUGGCGCCGUAGCCUUCAUCUUUAUCAGCAUUGCCAUCCCGUUUAGUUUCCCAUAUCCCGGCCCUGCUCGCUUUUUUGCCACCCUUGUUUCGGAAAAGGCCUGGAGACGGAUAGACUAUGUCGGAGCAUUUUCCUCUUUGGCGGCGUCAAUUUUGCUUGUUUUUGCCCUGGAGCAGGCAGGCAUCGAGUACCCGUGGAGCAGCGCCCCCGUUAUUAUUCGCACUGGGCUUACUUCUGUGAGUACUCCGGGCGGCCCUCUCUACAACAUACGCCGCGAGGCAGAGGAGCGCGCCUAA